AUGGCAGCUGCCAGGCUCCUGCCACUGCCAGCAGGACCCCCUCAGGCCAAGGUGACCUUCGAGGACGUGGCCGUUCUGCUUUCUCAGGAGGAGUGGGCCCGCUUGGGCCCUGCUCAGCGGGGCCUCUACAGAAAUGUGAUGAUGGAGACCUACGGGAAUGUGGUCUCCCUGGGACUUCCGGGAUCCAAGCCUGUCGUGAUCUCCCAGCUGGAGCGAGGAGAAGACCCAUGGGUCCUGGAUGGGCAGGGAAGUGAGCUGAGCCAGGGCCUGGGGAGCGACCACUCAGAAAGCAAAGCCAAGGAAGAGAACGAAAACCCAGACUUGAGCGAGCAACCACUAACCUCAGAUGAAGUAGCAGCGCUUCUGGCAGCAGCACCGCUGAGGAAGGCUGACGACGAACACUACAAAACAGAGCAGAACUUCUGCCCGAGUCCAAACCCCGUUGGCCCGGAGAAUGCCCAGGUCUCGAACCGUAGUGCACCACUUGCUCGACCCCAGGCGGCUCCCAGUGGAGAGAGACCCUAUAUGUGCAUCGAGUGUGGCAAAUGCUUUGGUCGGAGCUCACAUCUCCUUCAGCAUCAGCGAAUACACACCGGCGAGAAGCCCUAUGUCUGCCAUGUGUGUGGGAAGGCCUUCAGCCAGAGUUCCGUCCUUAGUAAGCACAGGCGGAUCCACACAGGCGAAAAGCCCUAUGAGUGUAAUGAAUGUGGGAAAGCCUUCCGCGUGAGCUCGGACCUCGCCCAGCACCACAAGAUCCACACGGGAGAGAAGCCUCACGAAUGUCUGGAGUGUGGGAAGGCGUUCACACAGCUCUCACACCUCAUCCAGCACCAGCGGAUCCACACGGGGGAGAGACCGUACGUGUGUCCCUUGUGCGGGAAAGCCUUCAACCACAGCACCGUCCUGCGGAGCCACCAGCGAGUGCACACCGGGGAGAAGCCGCACGGGUGCAGUGAGUGUGGCAAGACAUUCAGUGUCAAGAGAACCCUGCUGCAGCACCAGCGCGUGCACACCGGGGAGAAACCCUACACGUGCAGCGAGUGUGGCAAGGCCUUCAGUGACCGCUCCGUGCUCAUACAGCACCACAACGUGCACACCGGGGAGAAGCCGUACGAGUGCAGCGAGUGUGGCAAGACCUUCAGCCACCGCUCCACCCUGAUGAACCACGAGCGCAUCCACACCGAGGAGAAACCCUACGCGUGCUAUGAGUGCGGGAAGGCCUUCGUCCAGCACUCGCACCUCAUCCAGCACCAGAGAGUCCACACUGGAGAGAAACCCUACGUGUGCGGCGAGUGUGGGCACGCUUUCAGUGCACGCAGGUCUCUGAUCCAGCACGAGAGAAUCCACACAGGCGAGAAGCCCUUCCAGUGCACCGAGUGCGGCAAAGCUUUCAGCCUGAAGGCAACCCUCAUCGUGCACCUGAGGACCCACACGGGCGAGAAACCGUACGAGUGCAACAGCUGCGGCAAGGCCUUCAGCCAGUACUCAGUGCUCAUCCAGCACCAGAGGAUCCACACCGGAGAGAAACCCUACGAGUGCGGGGAGUGCGGGCGCGCCUUCAAUCAGCACGGGCACCUGAUCCAGCAUCAGAAAGUCCACCGGAAGCUGUGAUGCGCGCCUGGCAGGAGCCCAUGCUUAGAGC